AUGUCCGUGAGCCAGCCCGGGUCCCUUUUCCCGUCCGCAGCCCGGUCGAGGAGCGUGAUGAGCGGGGAGCCCGUGACCCCCGGGUCCCCGCCGUCGGCCGGGCCGGCCACCCAGGACAGGCCCCUGAAGAUCGGCUGGCUGAAGAAGCAGCGCUCCAUCGUGAAGAACUGGCAGCAGCGCUACUUUGUGCUGAAGGGGAGGCAGCUCUUCUACUACAAAGAUGAAGAGGAGGCCAAACCCCAGGGCUCCAUGUGUCUCCUGGGAAGCACCAUCAAAGAGAUGACCUCCAACCCCGAAGAGCCCGGGAAGUUCGUCUUCGAAGUCAUCCCGGCAUCGGGCGAGCAGGGCUGGACGGGCCAGGACUCCUUCACCCUGAUGGCCGGAUCCCAGGCCGAGAUGGACGAUUGGGUCAAAUCCAUCCGCAGAGUCGCCGCGGCCCCUUCUGGAGCCGUCUUCGGGCAGAGGUUGGCGGACACCGUGGCCUACGAGCGGAAGUUCGGCCAUCAUCCGGUGCCCAUCCUCAUGGAGAAGUGCGCGGCCUUCAUCCGGGACCACGGCCUGGACGAGGAGGGCGUCUUCCGCCUGCCCGGCCAAGACAACCUCGUCAAGCAGCUGAGAGACGCCUUCGACGCCGGAGAGAGACCCUCCUUCCACCGGGACACGGAUGUGCACACGGUGGCCUCGCUCUUCAAGCUGUACCUAAGGGAGUUGCCCGAUCCUGUGGUCCCUUGGAGCCAGUAUGAAAACUUCCUGCUCUGCGGCCAGCUACUGGACACCGACCGACCCAAGGGUCACGAGGAACUGCUGAACCAGGUGUCGGACCUCCCCAAAGAUAAUUACAACCUCCUGAGCUUCAUCUGCAGGUUCCUGCACGAGAUCCAGCUGAACUGUCGCGUCAACAAGAUGAGCGUGGAAAAUCUGGCCACCGUCAUCGGCGUCAACCUCAUCAGGCCCCAGAUCGAAGAUCCCGCCGCCAUCAUGAGAGGGACCCCGCAGAUCCAGCGGGUGAUGACGGCGCUGAUCAGCGAGCACGAGGCCUUGUUCCCCAAGUCGAAGGACGCUCCCCCGUCCCCGCCGCCGGCCCAGAAGAGUGACCCCAAGAAGCCGCCCGUGGCCCGCAGCUCGGUGGGCUGGGACGCGGCCGAGGCCCCCGGCCCCCUGCCUCACACCCGCGACUUGGGACCCACGGCGAGCGAGGCGGUGGCGAGCCACCCCGGCGGCCCUCCCGGAGGUGGCGUCAACCCCGGGGAGAACGGCCGGGAGCGGGAAGGACCCGAGGCCUGGAAGCUGCAGUCCAGGAAGAGGACCCAGACUCUUCCCAGCCGGAAGUGCUUCCUGUCCACCGCCAUCCAGGAGGAUCAAGGGGGUCCGGGGGUCAAGGCGGAGAUCUUCGACAGCGACUUCUGGUCCCCCUCUCCCGACCCCAAGGCCGGCGGCGGCCACAAAAGGACGUUGUCCCAGGAUCUGGGGGCCAUCUUGGACCUGGGCUGGACGCCCUCCCGCCAUCCCUCGUGCCCUCCGGCCUCCCGGGAGGCCGUCGAGGAUCCCCGGGGGUCGGAGGGGGCAUCCGGUGGGCUUUCGGGGGGCCCUGGAGGGGAUCCCCAACCGGCGGGGGGGCCCCAGGAGAGAGGGUCCCCGCAGGAAGACCUGAACCGGGUCGUCCUGCAACUGAGAAGGGAGAUCGAGAAGCAGAAGAAAGAUUUCGAGGAGCAGAUUAAGGGCUUGCAGAAGGAGAACUUCGACGUCUGGACCAAAGUGUUGCAUCUGACCGAGGAGAAGAAACAGGAGCAGGAGAAACUGUCGGCCCUGGAGGUCAAGCUGUGGGACGCCGAACGGGCCCGGGAAGAGGCCGAGAAGAGGAACAAGGUUCUCGAAGGGGAGAUCGAGAAGUUCCUCAAAUCCGCCCCGACUCCCUGAGGUCCAGAGAUCCAGCCAGGAACCCACAGACCUGGGCCCGAUCUCGUCCUCUUCCCCACCCUCCUCCUCCUCUUCAGCGCGGCCUGGUGACACGGUGAGGCCUUGGGGGCCGGGUUCUAAUCCCGGCUCCUCCUCCCGUCCGCUGUGUAACCUCGGCCAGGUCACCUCGCCUCU